AUUUAAUUAAAUCUUAACAAAAAGAUUAAAUUGGUAUCAAAUAAAUAGUUAAUGGAUGCAUAUGUAAAUAAGAUAAAUGGUGGAAGAGGUACUGUCUUCCACUAAGGCAUCAAAGCUUCAAUAAGAUAAACGAUGAGUAAGGACAUAUCUAACCUAUCUCUUGAGUAAAAGAAGCAAUUAACAGCAAAUAUUCUUUAGUUGGAUCUAAAAGAUAGAAAAGAGGAUGAAAUUAAUGUGUUGAAGCAGCUAACUGAACAUUUAGAUUUUUUUAUAAAGAUUAACUCUAAGAAAAUUAACUAAGAGACAAAAUUACAUGAAAAAUGCUGCAGAAGAUUAAAAUAUGAGAGCUACUAGAAAGGAGAAACUGUUAUUGAAUAUGGUGCAAAAGCUGAUAAAUUUUUUAUCAUACUAAGUGGACAAGUAUCCAUCUUUCUUAUAAAAUCUUAAGAAGCUUUAGAUAUUGAAGAACAUUAAUUAAAGACUGGUAAGAAACUUAAUGCUUGGAAUGGAGGUCUGCUUAACAUUAACGAUGAGGAAGAAUAAGAUGAGAUAAACUCUCCAUCAAGCAGUGUGGCAUCGAGCAAUAACAAUAAUAGGAGGGAAUCAUAUUAAAUGGCUAAUUCUCCUUUAUAAAGAAAGUAUUCACAAAGAUUAUCAAUAGUCAGAGAUAGUCCUAAAAUGAAUGGCUAAUAAGAAGAUAAAAACUUAUUACAAAUUAAUAAUAUAAGCUAAUUAGAUAACAAUAAUAAUGAUGAUUCACCUAUGUAAUUAGAAAAGAUAACAGAGAAAUCUAAAUUCUCAAAUUAUAGCCCGCCUCUGAAUAGAGAUAAAAUUUAAAACGCAAGCUUUAGAAUUAAAUUAAAUUUUGAUGAUUAGAUUUAAGAACUUGUGCACGAGGAAAACACGAACAAAUUGGAUUCUAAAACGGGGGAAUAAGAAGAAUAAAUUUAGUAAAAUAAUAAUUAUCAAUAAAAUAGCGAAAAUGAUUAAAUAGACAAUAAUGGUGAGUAGAAUAUUUAGAAGAUUAACACAUAGCUCUAAAAGAGACAAAUGAAUCAACUUUUUCUGAAAGUUGAUGCGAGUAACCAAAAUAAAUUUAGAAGUUCAAGCGAAAUAGUAGCAAACAAUAUUUUAAAUCACAGUAAUUCUAGUCCUUAAUCUUUGACUUAUUCUCGUACUAUUUCAAGAAUGACUAUGCUUUAGUAGGCAAUCAAAAAUAAUGCUGAAGUUGGUUCCAUUUUCAAGAAAAAAAUUAACAGUGAAAGUAUUACAGAAAUGAGAUAAAGAUUAAAUUAAAUGAGUGCCUCAUAAGAUCUAAUUUCUCCUUCAUCUUCUUCCCAUACAAUCAGCAAUCUUGGAACACCUUCUAAAUUAUCUUCUUCUUACCAAAAAAGUAGCUAGCUGUAAAAUAGAAACGAUAUUUUCACAUUUUUAGAAGAUGAAAAAUUAUAGCAAAUAAAAUCACAAGUUAAUUAGAGUGGUAAAAAUAUUACAAAAAAAACAAGGCUUGGAAAAUUAAUAGAUUUUUAUAAAAAUUACGAUCUUUUUGGUAGUCUUUAAUUAUCUGAAAUUUAAAAUGCUGAAAAAUAUUUUACAGAUUCAGGAAUUUUCAAGUAUGAAUAUCGUGAUAUUAUGAAAGCAGGAAACACCUUUGGUGAGCUAGGUAUUUUAGAAGGUAAACCAAGAAGUGCGUUAAUUAUAUGCUCAGAAGACAGUGAGUUUGCUAUCAUGGAAAAAGAAGAUUACAGCGAAUUGUUAGCUGAGAGAGACAGAAAGAAAUUACUCAAAAAAUUCGAAUUCCUAAAAUAAAAAAUGUUUCCAGAGCUGACAAAUGAUGGAAUAAAAAAAAUAUUUUACUCUUUUCAAAAAAGGAUCAUUUAAAAAAAUGAAGUUUUAUUUCAAGAGGGUGACAAAGCAAAUGGAAUUUUUAUAAUAAAGCACGGAGAAGUUAAUCUUUCAUAGAGAUAAAAAGUAGAAUAACAAAUACCUAAUUAAAGAGAUAUUUUAGCUAGCGAAUCUUGUUUAAACACAGCCACUGAUUCUCCAGCUCCCAUUUAUCAAAAGAAAAAAUCUCUUCUUUAUAAACCAUAAAAAUUUACUCAAAAAACAUUUGCCGUUAUAAGUAGUGGAGAAUAUUUUGGAGAAGAAGACCUGUUAAUUAAAGAAAAUAAAUAAAUUAGGACAUUUACAGCUACUUGUUCAUCUCUUACAGGAUCAGUUUACUAUAUUGAAGCAAAUGUUUUUUUAAAGUUCAUCAAAUAAAAACCAACUUCUUUUCUUGUGAUACAAAAAAGAUUAAACUAAAAGCUGCAAUGGAGAACAGAAUAAAAAGAAAAAUGGAAUGAACAGAAGAAAAAGUUCAGUUUUAUUGAUAGUUUUUAGUAAAUCGAAGAAGCUAAAAUUAAGCAGAUAAUUAGAAAAAACGUUCCUAAGAGAAGUUCUAUGAUUGAAUUAAAAAGUUAAUCUUCUUCAACUGUAUUUGAUACUCCAUCAACAACAACACCAUCGAGAAGGACUACAACAAUCAGUUUAAGAUAGCCCAAUUCAUCCUCUUUUACUUUAUCAAACAUUGAAGGAUCUUUAACUUAAAUACCAAUUGUAAACAGAGAUUUACAAACUCUCUAAACUCCCCAAGCUAAAAUAAGUACAAAUAAUGCUGUCUGUAGUAUUAACAUGGAUAAAAUCUGGGAAGAAAAAUCAAAUGACGGAUCACCUAAAAAUUCUCAUCUCAAUUCUGAAAAUCUUAUUGGUGAUAAAGCUAAAUCUUAUAUUUAAAAUUACCCUUAAAAUAAAAUGGUCACUGAAGAAUCUUAGAGAAUUUAAAAUUCGCCUUUUUACAAAUAACAAAGAAAUUCAGAAAUAAAUUUACAAUGUAUCAGGUCAAAAACUCCUAAAUUGUCAGCUAUUCACUCCAGCAUAUUAGAAAAUACCUUUUCUCCUCUUAAUAAAUUAUCUAAAUAAACUAGCAGUGAGAUCAAAAGUUAAUUAUAAACACAUGUUUAAGAUAUCGAAGGCCUUAGAAAGUCGGUGAAUUUAUCUAAAAAUAAUUGGUAAAGUGUGAAAAAGACUAGAUAAACUUAUUCAAAUUAUGAAAUAAAUAACUCAUAGGAUCUAAAAAUUAAAUUGAAUUUCUAAAGACAGGCUUCUAUACAAUUAAAAACUUAGUAUUAAAGCUCUUAAAGCUCAUUAGCCUAAUUUUAAUCAACAUCAAAUUUAUAAACAUCUGACUAACUUUAUUCAUAAACGUUUUUAUAAAGAUAAACAACUUCAAAUUCUAAUUCUGAAAGUCCUAUUAAAAAGAGUAUCAGCGAUAACUAACUAAAACUUCUUGGCUUCUCUUAAGUAGCUAGUAAUAGUACAAAUAAUAAUUAGCUAUAUUUGUAUUCAUAAGGAGUAGAUAUAAAUAAAGAAUAAAAGAAACUCCCACAAAUAUCAAGUCCUCAAUUUAAGACUGAUCACUAAUUAUAAAUGGAGAAUCAAGAAUAAAAAAAAUUAGCAAUAGAAAAAAAGAAACUUGAUAUCAUUAAAAAAACAUAAUUUUUUGAAUAUAAAUAGCAGUUGCAAAAAAAAGAAGCUUUAUAUGACAGUCAUAACAUUUAAGACCUUUCUGAUAAAAAAGGCUUUUAAAAUAAUGGACUUCACAUUGAAAUAAUUUAACCAAGUUCUUUAUCUAUAAGAAGCAACUCAUAAACAAGCUCACCUUAAAGAAAAAAAGUUAUCAGUUUGAUAAGAAAUAAUGGUUUUGUAAAAAAUAUUAUCAAAAAAGUUUAAGGAAAAUCUGAUCAAAUAGAUUCUAUCUUAAGGAUAGAUGAGCUUUAACAAUCCAGCCUAAGAGAUUAGGAUUAAAUCAAAACAGAAUUAAGCAACAAAUUUUAAGAAAGAUCUUUGAUUACUGAGUUAGAUGAAAAAAAGAAAAACCUACAAAGAUAUCAGUUGAUAAGUCCUUUGUCAAAAUAAGAUAAAAUAAUUUAUCCAACAACUCAUCUUGAGCAAUUUUAAAUUAAGAAAUAAUUUUAAUAAGAAAAUUCAAUAGAAAAUAAGAUAUAAAACUCUAAUCAAUCUGUAUAAAAAAGCUAAUCUUUACCAAAAAGUAAUGGAUAAUUUUAAAAAAUAGAAUUUUACUAAAAACUUAAGUAAAAUCUUUUAUAAAAUCAAUAAAAAACAAUUUAAAUUAAAUUAUAAUAAUAACAAUAGCAAUAAUAAAAUAACGAAUCUCCAAAUAAUUUUAUUGUAUAAAACUAUUCAAAAUUAAACUAAAUUUAGCAUAUAAAUUGA